CUCACAUACAGCCAUUGCACUGCAUUAAGAUAGAGCGGCAACCUUGGACACGCGUGACUAAGAUGGGUAAAGAUCCGAAGAAACCAAGAGGCAAGAUGUCCUCCUAUGCAUACUUUGUGCAGACUUGUCGGGAGGAGCACAAGAAGAAGCACCCAGAUGCCAGCGUCAACUUCUCUGAGUUCUCCAAGAAAUGCUCUGAACGAUGGAAGACAAUGUCUGCUAAGGAAAAGGGUAAAUUCGAAGACUUGGCUAAACAAGACAAGGUCCGUUAUGAGAGAGAAAUGAAGAACUAUAUCCCACCAAAGGGUGAGAAGAAGAAGAGAACAAAGGACCCCAAUGCACCUAAGAGACCCCCAUCUGCGUUCUUCAUAUUUUGUGCCGACCAUCGCCCAAAAAUUAAGAGCGAGAGUCCUGGUCUGACCAUUGGGGAUGUAGCGAAGAAACUGGGAGAGAUGUGGAACAGCACCUGUGCCGAAGACAAACAGCCAUAUGAGAAGAAGGCAGCCAAACUGAAGGAGAAGUAUGACAAGGAUAUUGCGGCCUACCGUGCGAAGGGCAAACCAGAUUCUGCGAAGAGAGCCCCUGGUGUGGCAAUGAAAGCCAAGAAAAGGGAUGACGAUGAUGAUGAAGAGGAUGAGGAAGACGAAGAGGAAGAUGAGGAGGAAGAUGAGGACGAAGAUGAUGAAUAAAUUUGUUACUCGGAGCCUAGGUUCCUGUUUAAUAUCAUUUAUCCCCCAUGUACACUUAUGUCUCCAAAUACAAAAAUAAACAAGGAAAUGUUAGGCUGUGUAUAUGAAAUGUUUUUAAGCUGUACAGUUUUUGUUCCUCUCUUCUCUUUUUUUGUAAAGUUAACACUAAAAAGUGACUUAGCCCUAUUUUUUUUUUUUUUUUGUUUUUUGUGGUAGUUCCCAAGCUACUUCCCUUGCCUUGCCUGGUUAAAGGGGUUGUCAAACAACAUGCAGGUAGUGGGUUUCCUGUUCCUGAUGCAUAGCACAAGAUCUUGUUUUAUGUGGGGUAGCUGUUUCUUUGCAAAUUUUUUUUUUCCCUUUUUUUGUUGUAAUAUGAAGUCCUUGCUGUACUUUGAAUACCACUCUGUAAUUGCGACAAUAAAAAAUGCAGCUGUUUUUGUUGACAUUCUGAAUGCUUCUAAAGUAAAACUUUUCUUUUUAAGAAACAACACAUUGUACAAAUGAUUUCUGUGGGGUACUGUGGGCCAGGAGAGAAGAUGCAUCAUUCAGUAUACCAAUAUAUAUUUUAGUCCUUCAAGCCAAAAAUGCAUAUUGGCCUUGUGUGAAUAAAAUUUAUUUUAUGGCUGUUAGGUUGGUGUGUUUUGUCUAUGGGGGAAUAUGCAGAGAUGUAUACUGACAUAGGUCUGUGAUUAUUAAAGUGUGAUUAUUGAAACUGAAGGUGCAAGGUGGGGGUAACCUUGGAUUGGUAGCAGUCACCCCUCACUUAACAUUCUGCCAGAAUUGUAUAAAAAGUAACAAUUUUAGUCCGAUAAUGUAAUGCUGCCGUUCAUUUUUCAUAAUUUGUUAAGUAGUCCUGAAUGCUAAGUGAUAUAUGUACUUUGUCAUUAUGUACGUGUAACUAAUUAAGUGAUAUCUGCGCUACUAUGUGUGGUUUUGACAGUGUGACCUGGGCCGCAACCUUUCUGGACGCGCUAUGGUUAUGCUGUAAGGUAUAGCUCGUUAUCUUCUGGCUACAUAGUGCAAUGGCUGAAAAGCACUUUUGCUUGAGCCAGUGAAUAAGCCAUUUUGACUUGUACCCUACACAAUCUAACUAUAUCCUAUAUGUAAAAAAUAAAAUUGUUAUAUUAGCUUA